GAGGUGAGUGCUGUUGGGAUGGACAGUGAUGGCGGUUCCUCCUUGUGAUCGCAGGCCGGAGGCUGGGCGGCGCGGGGCAGGUGGAGCUGGGAUGAAGGCCGGAGCCAGGAGUGGGCCCCACCGAUGAGAGAGCGCGUCGAGACCCUCCGUCCCCUCCACAAACAGCCGGAAACCUCACCAUGAGGCCGGGCCUGUGUUUGCACGUGGCCCUGGUCUGCCUGAGCCUCGUGCCCUGGGGUCACGCCAGCAACAGGAGAAACGCGCCAGCAACACGGACACGGACACGGCCUCAUCACGCCACGGGAGUCAAAGGGCAAGUUCUUCACAGGUCCAAGCGAGGUUGGGUGUGGAACCAGUUCUUCGUCAUUGAGGAGUACACUGGCCCUGAUCCUGUGCUGGUGGGCAGGUUGCACACGGACCUGGACACCGGCGGGGGGAAGAUCCGGUACAUUCUAUCGGGAGAAGGAGCCGGGACUAUUUUUGUGAUCGAUGAGAAAACGGGGAACAUCCACGCCACCAAGACGCUGGACCGGGAGGAGCGGGCUCAGUACACCCUGAUGGCACAGGCUGUGGACAGGGACACCAACAAACCCCUGGAGCCACCGUCCGAGUUCAUCGUCAAAGUCCAGGACAUCAACGACAACCCGCCCGAGUUCCUGAGCGGCCCUCAUCACGCCUCCGUCCCCGAGAUGUCCAACGUGGGCACCUUCGUCAUUCAGGUCACAGCCACCGAUGCCGAUGACCCCUCGUACGGGAACAGUGCACGGCUGGUCUACAGCAUCCUGCAGGGACAGCCAUACUUCUCUGUGGAACCUCAGUCAGGCAUUAUCCGGACGGCUCUCCCCAACAUGGACCGGGAGGCCAGGGAGGAGUAUCAGGUGGUCAUCCAGGCCAAGGACAUGGGGGGCCACAUGGGGGGGCUGUCGGGGACCACCCAAGUGACUGUCACCCUGACCGACGUCAAUGACAACCCCCCGAAGUUCCCCCAGAGUGUGUACCAGAUGUCUGUGUCAGAGGCAGCAGUCCCCGGGGUGGUGGUAGGUCGGCUGAACGCGAAAGACAACGAUAUUGGUGAGAACGGGAUGGUCUCCUACAGCAUCAUUGACGGGGAUGGGAAGGAGUUCUUCGAAAUCAGCACCGACUCCCAGACUCAGGACGGUGUGAUCAAGCUGAGAAAGCAAGGCCUCGACUUUGAGACCAAACGCUCCUACUUCCUGCGUGUGGAGGCCAACAAUGUGCACAUUGACCCUCGCUUCCUGAGCCGGGGGCCGUUCAAGGACACGGCGACGGUCAAGGUGUCGGUGGAGGAUGCUGACGAGCCCCCCACCUUCUCCUCCCCUGCCUACCUGAUGGAGGUGGACGAGGGUGCCCCCUUCGGGACGGCGGUGGGACAGGUGCGAGCCGUGGAUCAUGACCUCGGCCAUAGUCCCGUCAGCUACAAAAUUGAUUGGCACAACGACUUUGACAGAUAUUUCAGCGUCGAGGCAGAGAGCGGGGUGAUAAAGACGGUAAAGCCGCUGGACCGGGAGCUCACCGCCUGGUGUAACAUCUCAGUGAUUGCCGAGGAAGCCAACAAUCCACUUCAGACCUCCAGCGCCAAAGUGUCUAUCAGAGUGCGUGACAUCAACGACAACGCACCUGAGUUUGCUGAACCCUACAAGGCCAAUGUCUGUGAAAAUGCCAAGCCUGGCCAGCUUAUCAAGACCAUCCGUGCUGUAGACAGGGAUGAGAGCGCCAAUGGUCCCUGGCUGUCCUUCAGCGUGGCUCCCAACCGCAACUUCACCCUCCAGGACAACAGAAAUGGCACGGCGGGUGUGAGGGUGCAGCUGGGUGGGUUUAGCCGUCAUGCCCAGGACCUGUACCUGCUGCCGGUGGUGAUGAGGGGGGGCUCGCCCUCCCUCACCGGCACGGGCACACUCACCAUCCAGGUGUGCAGCUGUGGCCGGGAGGGCGGCCUGGAGUCCUGCAGCGCUGAGCUGGCCACGCAGCACGCUGGCCUCAGCACCGAGGCUCUCAUUGCCAUCCUCGCCUGCAUCGUCAUCCUGCUCGUGAUCGUGGUGCUGUUCGUGACGCUGCGGAGACAGAAGAAGGAGCCACUGAUCGCCUUCGAGGAGGAGGACGUGCGGGAGAACAUCAUCAGCUACGACGACGAAGGCGGAGGGGAGGAGGACACCGAGGCCUUCGACAUUGCCACACUGCAGAACCCGGACGGGCUGAACGGCUUCCUGCCGCGCAGGGACAUCAAGCCCGAGCUGCAGGGCGGGCCCCGGCCCGGUGCGGCCCCCGCCCCCAACAGCGUGGACGUGGACGAGUUCAUCAAAGUGCGUCUCCACGACGCGGACAUCGACCCCACGGCCCCCCCCUACGACUCCAUCCAGAUCUACGGCUACGAGGGCCGUGGCUCGGUGGCCGGCUCGCUCAGCUCCCUGGGCUCCGGCAGCGCCGAGAGCGACCUGGACUACGAUUACUUGAACAGCUGGGGGCCGCGCUUCCGCAAACUGGCCGACAUGUACGGCUGCAAGGACUUCUGCGAGGACUCGUAACGGAGACGGUUUCAA